UUGUGCGGAAAUCGUCCUCGCUAGCGGGGAGAGCGCGCGUGCCAUCACAGCAGACACACAAGCAGACACACACAGCAGACACAUAGCAGACACAGAGACACACAGACACAGAGACACACAGAGACACACAGCAGACACACAGCAGACACAGAGACACACAGACACAGAGACACACAGACACACAGAGACACACAGCAGACACACACCGAGACCCAGAGACACACAGACACAGAGACACACAGACACAGAGACACACAGAGACACACAGAGACACACAGCAGACACACACCGAGACCCAGAGACACACAGACACAGAGACACACAGACACACAGACACAGAGACACACACAUACACAGAGACACACACAGAGACACACACAAAGACACACACAAAGACACAGACACAGAGACACACAGAGAUACACACAGACACACAGAGACACACAGAGACACACAGCAGAGACACACAGACACACGGAGACACACACAGACACACACCGAGACCCAGAGACACACAGACACACAGAGACACACAGAGACACACAGCAGACACACACCGAGACCCAGAGACACACAGACACACAGAGACACACAGACACACACCGAGACCCAGAGACACACAGACACAGCAGACACACAGCACAGACUACACGCAUAAUACCUCUUCUGUCCUCUCUGCCUCCCAGUGUUACGGAAACGACAGUCACGUACACGUGUGCGUGCGGUGUGAGCUAAGAUAUAGACUGCUUACAUCCGUGUAGCCUUCAGCAGACUGUUGAGGCGGAAGGGCAAGUGUUGCUGGCGAACACGCAGUGCACACACUCAGACUCACACACACUCAUAGACAGACGAUCACAGACACACACUCAGACACACUCACAGACACACUGACAGACAGACACACACUGACAGACAGACACGCACUCUCGCGCACGUGUGUGACACACGCGCUCGCCGGUACACGUGGAGGAAGUCCAGCGCUGCUGCAUCUGCCCGGCUGACUUGGCGAGCAUGUCUUGGGGUUACGGAAAGGAUAAUGGGCCCUCGUGCUGGGCCCGCGAGUACCCCGUGGCGAAGGGGCCCCGGCAGUCGCCCAUCGACAUCGACCCGGACUCGGUGGAGCGCGACCCCUCCGUCGACCCCCUGCGCCUGCGCUACAACUCGAGGGCGUCCCGCCAGCUGUCCAACACCGGCUCCUCCUUCAUGCUCUCCUUCCACGACUCCAGCGUCAAGGGCGCCUGCGUCAUAGAAGGGGGGGCCCUCCAUGGACCUUACCGACUCCGCCAGCUGCACAUGCACUGGGGCUCGCACGACCAUGUCGGCUCGGAGCACACGGUGAAGGGGAAGACGUAUCCCGCAGAGCUGCACCUGGUCCACUGGAGUGCCGACCGCUACGCGAGCUUCGAGGAGGCUGCUGUGGCCCCCGAUGGCCUGGCGGUGGUCGGCGUCUUCCUGGAGGUGGGCGAGGAGAACAAGGAGUUGAAGAAGAUCACCGAUCUCCUGCCGAGAAUCACCGCCAAGGGCUCGGCCGUGGACGUGCGCGGCGUGAACCCGUCGCUGCUGCUGCCGCCGUCGCUGUCGCUGUGGAGCUACGCGGGCUCCCUCACGACGCCGCCGCUCUACGAGAGCGUCUCCUGGCUCAUGCUGCAGCAGCCCAUACACGUGAGCCGCGAGCAGUUGUCGCGCUUCCGCGAGCUCAGCUUCUCCGGGGAGAACGAAAGGAGCCGACCCAUGGUGGACAACUUCCGACCGCCGCAGCCACUGUGUGGCCGAGUCGUCACUGCCUACCCGUGAUGACCUCGACCCUUGACUCUUGACCGCCACCUUUGACCUCUGACCGGACUUACCAGACUCCAUUCCUCGUGACCCACCGCUACUGCCUCGUAGGUCAGUAUCAAACUCCAGAAGCAGUCCCUCAGUUCACGUUUUUUUAAUCCAUUCCACGAAAACUACUGUUAACCCAAAUAACCGUUCAUUUAAGAGAGAGCCGGUCUCCACUGCCAGAACAGAGAACGUAAUCAUGUUAACAAAGCCAGUCGAGAUCCGAACGCCUAUUAAUGGGCGUCCCUGAUUGGCUGAGGGCAUGGCUCAGCCCUGCUUACGAGUGCUCGGAUUGGCCGAAAUUGGCGCCCCGCGUGUAUAACGUAAACGUGCCGUUCGCCAAAAUGUUAACGUUCAGUCGAAACCGUGGGGGUCCUAUGGGAGGCGAAACGCUAACCUAAAAUCGUUAACCGAUGUCACUGUUUACUGAGGGACUACCGUACAACCCAUUAUCUAACGGAGAGAGGGGGGGGGUCCCUUUCCUACACACAUUUCCAUCAGCAUUGGUGGAAGCGAGCCUGACUGCUGGUGCCACAUGCUGAAUCUCACAAACCAGCCCAGAGUUUUCCUUGCAUGAAACCAAUGCCGAUGGAAUAAUAAUAAUAAUAUAAAUGAUAUGCACUCCCAGAAGGCUGCCGUGUGGCCAAUGGGAUGCGUAAAAAAAAAUUACACUUUUUAUUUGUUCAUGUGGAAAUGGGUAGGAGGCGAAUUUGUCCACUUUAUUAUUUUUGUUGAGCAAUCAUCUGGCACGUGUAAGUAGCGUGUAUGCGAGGAGUGGGGUGGACGGGGGACACUCGGUUAACACGGAGAGGGCCGACCGUGGUGGGCGGCGAGGACCGGAGUUCUGGACCAACGGCGACGCGACGCUGACCACGCAGCUUUUGCACUAAACGCAAUGAAGGCGCCCCUGUGACGUGCGCGUCUCUUGAAGAGCAAUAUUCGUACGACUGAUAAAAAUUGUUAAUGAAUCACUACUGGGCGAAGUCUACACGUGAUCACGUUAUCAACUUAUUAUUAAGUUCAAAUGCAAAACGAAUUGACGUCAUAGGCGAUAUUCGUUAUUAUUGUGACGCGCUGCUGCGACGUGUAGUUGUGACGCGUUGUCACGACGCCUCGCCGUGACGUGUCGUUGUUGACGCGUCGCCGUGACGCGUCACCGUGAUGCUUCGUUGUGAUGCGUUUGUAUCGACUGCAAUGAAAUGCAAGGGGGGAUGAUCGUGAAUCGAGGGAACAUGCAAGGACGCGGUUCCCUUCUGUUGUUCCACUCGCACCCCCCCCCCACCCCCCCCAAAAUAUCCACAUUCAGUCCUAACGGAAUCGCUCACUCGCUAUGAGAUUAUAGGAAAACUUCGGACCAUACUUUUAGAUAACGGGGAGAGGGAUUUGAGUUAAUGACGUCGGUCUCAACGACGCCGACGUCCGGAAAGAACACUCCCCCCCCCAUUCGAGACACAAACAUCACCGCACCUCCCGGGUUCGAGAUUCCUCCUCCUCGAAGCAACUGCUGGAACCGGACACUAAAAAGGCGCAAGCCGCGGGAGUGUGAUCGUGGCCGUGCAAUCCUCACGUCUGAGCCCGCGGGGUUCAACAAACCACUGCGGCUGCUGCGCUCCCGCAGCGGAUGAGGAGGAGGAACACCCAAACGACACGAACUCCAUGCUGACGCCCUCUUGUCGUGGCCAGCAGCAAGACCUCGACAUUUGCCAUCUUGUAACUCGUGAACAUCUUGCUGCUGCUGCUGCUGACAUUGUGCGCAAGAGUCGACGAUUACAGGAGGGGUGAGGUGGAGGGGGGUUGGAUGUGGGAGGCGAGCGAUGUUUGGGUGUGAUUUGUUUUUUUACAAAGGAGGUGUAUCGCGACCAAAUGAGCCCGGGGCGUGGGCCGAUCUCGUCGGAUCAGGGAACGCAAACAGGGUUUGACCCCUCAGCAGGGCAACGCGUCACUUUGUCAGGGUGGCCCCAACCCCGUGCCUGUCACGAACGGGGUGCCGCGGGAGGGCCGCGGGAGGGCCGUGGGCUGUGCGGGCAGCACUGGGGGGCAGUGCCCACGAGCCGCACCCACAGCUCGAUGAAUGAACCCCCCACGACCCGCACGGUUGUGCGGAGAGGACCCCUUAUCCGGCAGGGGAUUGGCGGCAAGGGCUGUGCGUGUAUCCAAGUGCACGAGGGGUAUUACUGGAAUGCGAUAGCUGAGUGCUUGCUGCUGCUGCUGUUGACGACACUGAUGCUUGCGGUGCUGCUGUUCGUGUUGGUGGUAGUGGUGGUGAUGGUGGAGAGCGGUGGCGCAGCGGUUAGCUCGCUGCGCUACGAGCCCGGCGACCCGAGUUCGAUUCCCGCUCACGGUCCAACACCGGUGACGAAUAUCUGAACCGGUCCUGGGCCUCCUCUAGGUGGAUUCGGCCUCAAAUGAGUACCUGGUGCACUGUGUACGCAUCACCACCGAGGAGACAAAGGUGGUCGGGCGUGGUGCUGCUCAGGCCUUCAUAAGUGAUCGCUGACAGCACUUCCCCCAACUUUGUCUUGUGGCUACACAGGGUAUCUUUGUCUUUGCUAAUGAUGUUGCUGAUGAUCAUUAUGUCUGUUAAUGUCGCUUCCGCUUGUAUAACUGCCAAUGCUAAUAUUGAUGUUGCUGCUGAUGCUGAUGUUGGUGGUGCUACUGCUUCCGGUGACAUUUGGAAUUAUCUGAUAGAUUCAUAGUUUACCAAAGCUAGAGGCGUCUCGUGUUGCUACGGUCAUGGCCGAAUUUGCCCGGUGUCACGGGGACGCGCGGCCGUGCCGAGGGUCGAAUGCAGUCUCCCCGCUCCGAGAAACUGAGAUCAAGAGAGACGGAGGAGCGGUGGCGCAGCGGUUAGCGUACUUGUGCUAUGAAACACGGCGACCCGUUCACCGACCUUAGAUUGGAUUCACGGUCACACGGCUACUGUCAGUGGCGAGUGGCAUCUGAACUGGUCAUCGAACAACCCCCACCCCACCUCCCUCCCAUCCAGAAUCAGAAUCUGUAUUCAUACUGGAGGAAUCCGAUGAGCUAUAAAGCUCUUGUUCAUAGAUGUCCAGUAGGGGCACGUCAGAACGUUACAACAACGAACAAAACAACAAACACGGCGGGAGUGCAAAGUGUAGGGCAGGUAAGCAAAUCACUAAAAAUAAUCAACAAAUAAAACUCAGCGAUAUCUUUUUAGCUUACCAGGCAAAGCCCACUGAACUAUUAGCUUUUUUUCAGAAACGACCUGGCCACAAAUGAUAGCUCAACGAAGUGGCUUAUCACGUGUGGAAAUGUAUAGCAGCCAAAUAAUCUAAACGAAUGUUUCUAAAUGUGGAGGGAAACCCCGGAGAACCUGGAGAAAAAUCCACGCGAUCACGGGGAGAGAGACACGCAGACUCCAAAUAUGCAGGCGUCAGGGUCGGGACCGAACCCACGAACCUCCUGCAUACCAGGCGAGGCAGAAGAUGGAUUUUCGGUGGUGGAUUAUAAUCCUUGUGUACCCGUCAUGGGUUUUGACUUCUCUAAUCCGCGCUAACCCGCGUGGUGAAGUAUGGUCAAACGCCCACCGUGACCGACAGCGGCUCGUUGGAGCCUUAAUCCAGCAGUGGAGUGACAAAAGGGCUAUGACGUUUGCCCUCGUGGCGCUGGAGCCGCGCCAACUGAAAUCAAUUUGUGUUGAACUAACAACGAGCACGUCCUUUGGGUAUGACCGCAAACCUACCCGCCCGUCGUUCCCUCCAGCCAGCCCGCCAGCCAGCAAACCUUUAAACAAAUUAAUAUACUGCAUUUACUGGCGAAGCGUGGCACUCAGAUUGUAAAUGUUGUGGCUUGGCUCUCCAACACACCGGUUAGUGCUGUACUAGCGACGAAUUGGCCACGUUCUGUUUACGUGACAACCCUUACUAGUCAGCUGUGUCGGGUGGUGGCGGCUUUAACGACACAUUCAUAUUGACGCGAUCUAAUCCAAAAAAAACUCUUGUGGAUAAUACACUGUAGUUAUGAUACAUUGAGGCGGCCGGGGGUGCUGGUGGUGAGGAAACGUGGCGCAGUGGUUAGCACAAUGCGCUGUAAACCUGGAGACAUGGCUGAGUUUGAAUCUCGGUCACGGCUACCAUCAGUGGCGAGUGAUAUCUGACGCCGCCCCUCCCUGCACUCCCCUUCGGGCUGUUUGUGGUCAAACAGCCCGGGGUGAGUGUGGAGUUGUCGGGGGUGAGGGCCGUGCCCGCGGUGGGGCAGCUUUCAUCCACCAGCGGAUUGCCAAGGGGAUGCAAAUCCUAAAUAGAGAGGAGGCGAGGAGAGGAGGAUGGGGAGGAAGAGGAGGAUGAGGAGGAGGAGGAUAAGGAGAUGAGGAGGAAGAGAAUGAGGUGGAUGAGGAGUAUGAUGAUGAGGAAGAGAAUGAGGUGGAUUAGGAGUAUGAUGAUGAGGAGGAUGAGGAGGAGGCCGCACUGGGCUCACUCGGCCAAUCCCGGAACGAGAUGCCACCACGCGAUCAAGGGUGGGCAGGACGGAGGGUGCGAUAUUUGUUUCGUAUUUCGUACUCAGAAAAAAUCAGUACCGUGCCCUCAUUGUGUCUCUAAGAACAUUUUUUUAUAGAAAAUGUUGAAUAGAUGACAAGCGAGCUUAUAACGUUUUUCUUGAUUCAUUUAUUUUCGUAGAAAGCUCCUUAGGCUUAAGAAAAAUAAUCUUCUGUAAACGUGAUUGAUUUUUGCUGUUUGCUCGAAUUUACAUUUUAAAAAACACAUUUAAAUCCAAAAUCGCAUAAUUUUUAGACGUUGAUUAAAAACGUUUCAACUUUCUCACCCCUUAUCAAUGGUAAUGUGUAAUUUUGAGAAAUGAGUCUUUGCCUGCCGUUUAAAUUUUUUGAUAACUUGACUAAUUAAAUUCGUGCAGCCUCCUCGAUGGCGCCCUUGCGCGUGCGAGCGGGAUGGAGGGCGGUGGGUGGGCGGGUUCCUCUCGCCAAGAGCAUCAACCCGAGCCUCCCUGCAGCUACUGAUGCUGCAGCGGAUGAUGAUGAUGAUGCGGAUGAUGACGAUGAUGAUGACGACGAUGAUUGUGAACACGUGACCUGCUUUGUUCGCUCACACCACGUGCUCGAGCCCGCGUCGUUGCCGCCGUCGCUGUCUUAGCAGCGAAGGGGAACAAACGAAGGAAGGGAAAUGUAAUCGUGACCGUUCCGCCUGAAACGAAUUGUGGGUGUCGCGUUAGAGCCAACGUGUUAAACUUAGAGGAGACGCUAUGCCACGGUUCUGGUGAGAACUGCAGUGUGGAGCUCACUGAUGGUGAUAGCUCCUGAUGAAGGCUGCACUGUUGAGGGUUCAGGGUGGAGCUCACUGAUGAAAACUUCUGAUGAAAGCUGCACUGUUGAGGGUUCAGGGUGGAGCUCACUGAUGAAGACUUCUGAUGAAGGCUGCACUGUUGAGGGUUCAGGGUGGAGCUCACUGAUGAAGACUUCUGAUGAAGGCUGCACUGUUGAGGGUUCAGAGUGGAGCUCACUGAUGAAGACUUCUGAUGAAGGCUGCACUGUUGAUGGUUCAGGGUGGAGCUCACUGAUGGUUAGAGCUCCUAAUGAAGGCUGCACUGUUGAGGGUUCAGGGUGGAGCUCACUGAUGAAGACUUCUGAUGAAGGCUGCACUGUUGAUGGUUCAGGGUGGAGCUCACUGAUGGUUAGAGCUCCUAAUGAAGGCUGCACUGUUGAGGGUUCAGGGUGGAGCUCACUGAUGAAGACUUCUGAUGAAGGCUGCACUGUUGAUGGUUCAGGGUGGAGCUCACUGAUGGUUAGAGCUCCUGAUGAAGGCUGCACUGUUGAGGGUUCAGCGUGGAGCUCACUGAUGGUGAUAGCUCCUGAUGAAGGCUGCACUGUUGAGGGUUCAGGGUGGAGCUCACUGAUGGUUAGAGCUCCUGAUGAAGGCUGCACUGUUGUGGAUUCAGGGUGGAGCUCACUGAUGGUGAGAGCUCCUGAUGAAGGCUGCACUGUUGAGGGUUCAGGGUGGAGCUCACUGACAGUGAGAGCUCCUGAUGAAGGCUGCAGGGUUCAGGGUGGAGCUCACUGAUGGUGAGCUCCUGAUGAAGGCUGCACUGUUGAGGGUUCAGGGUGCAGCUCACUGAUGAGGACUCCUGAUGAAGGCUACACCGUUGAUGAAGGCUGCUGGGUGUCGGGUUGACAGCGGGGCUCGAUGUCACCGCGGGGUUUAGGGUUGAGUGCGGAACCCCUUCCGGUGGAGGCUGCCGAGUUUGUGGAUGAGUUGCGCUGCAGCUCCGCUGGUGGAGGACGUCUCGGUUUGCUGUGCCUCGGGGCUCCGCGCGUUCCUAGCACGGGGAGGGGAGCCGAAUGUUCUUUGCAGGGUGUACGGCGGAUCGGGGCGAUCGCCCCGGGCCCCGCGGUUUGGGCGGCCCUCGCCUCUUAGUCUCGUGAAUGUAACAGGCCGUGUUCGAUCAUGGACGUGUAUCGUGAAUAAAGCAAACGGGAACGCCA